UAAGAGGUGUCCCACAGUCAACUGCAGUCAGUACAGCUACGACUACGUGACAUGGAGGACGCUACUGAGGAUCCAGAUGAGUCCAGUUCAGGCACAGUUUCUGAAAGCUACUCUGAGGGUGGAUCAACCAGAAGCACAAAUAUGGAAAAAGGAAGCACCAAGAGCCAGAAGCAAAGGCUUCGUGAGUCAGCGAAAGGCACUGUUUCUGACAAAUUCCCCAAAAUAAUAAAGAAAGUACAGUCUGUGCUUGAAGAGAAUUCAGAGGGCAAGAAGAAAGGAAGAAAACGCACCAUAUUGGUCUUUUACUACCGGAACGAUGAGAAAAAGAAAAAUCCAAAACAUGAGGAAGACGGCGUCCCAGGAGAAUCUCAUACUUCAAAUAAUGCUUCAUCUCUACCUGGAACAUCCCAAGACCAGGAACCCUCCGCAGCCUCUCCUGCCAAACGAGUGCGGAAAUGGUUUUUCCUGUAGAGACUAAAUACUUCUCCCUUACAUGAGAAUGUUUGGGCAUUGUUGAUUAAAAUAUAAUAAAAAUACCUUUGGAAAAUGAAAGAAA